AUGCAAAAUCUGACCGAGAAUCCAGGAAACUCAACAGCCAACGCAGACCUGAUAAUAGCAAUAAAAAUCUCUAUUGUCCUCCCCCUUUUCUUCGUCUUCCUCUACUUCAUCGUCCUGAUGCUGCACACCCUGGCGUCACAGAGGCAGUUCUGGGAGAACCCGCGCUACAUCCUCUUCGGCUACAUGCUGAUCAACGACACCCUGCUGGUGGUGUGCACCGUCCUGCUCUUCCUCCUCUACCUUGCUGAGUUUCGGUUUUCCUUCGUCCUCUGCAUGACCCUGAUCUUCGUCUCCACCAUCACCUUCCUCAACACGCCGUUCAUCCUGGCGACCAUGUCGCUGGAGCGCUACGUCGCCAUCUUCUACCCACUGCGGCGCCCCGCUGCCUGGCGAGCCGAUCGCAUUUGGGCCGUCAUCCUGCCCACACUGCUCGUCAGCUUGGCGGUGCCCAUCAUCGAGCUGUGCCUGGGCGGGCGCUCCCCGGGGGCCAGCGCCCUCACCACCCUGGUGCUCUGCCGGAGCAAUGAGCUCAACAACUCGCCGCUCCUCACGCUGGUCAAGAUCUCGCUGUACGGCGUCUUUUUCCUGGCGGUGGCCCUGGCCAUUUUCUUCACGUACGUGCGCAUCCUGCAGGAGGCGCGGCGCAUGUGGCGGGACCAGGCGGCGGUGGGCAAGGCGCUAUACACGGUGCUGCUGCACGGCCUGCAGCUGCUGCUGUGCGUCAUGUCCUUCAUGCAGCCCGUGACGGAGCAGGCGUCCGUGGUCCGGGCGCGUUGGCUCCGCGAGCAGAUCCCCUUCCUCAACUACCUCUGCUUCGCCCUGCUGCCCCGCGUCCUCAGCCCACUCAUAUACGGGCUGCGGGACGAGAGCCUCCGCACCCACAUGAGGAGGGCCGUCCUGUGCUGCUCCCCCGCAAUCACCACUCAGCACAUGGGCAAACCUGCAACCCAUUAAUGCCCAGAUUUUUUUUCCCCCCAGAGGUUUCUUACACAAGCAUCUAUAGUCAUCCAAAAAAUAAGAAAAGAUGGAAAAAGAGUGGUAGAGACUUCGGCAACUUCAGUUGCCUGCGGGCUUAAAUGGGUUAAAAUCAGUGAGGGGGUAGGGGUAAGUUACAUUUCUUGAAGGUCCCCAACAUUUUAAAAUCUUGACCUCAUCACUGAGAAUUUGCUGCUGCGAGAGAUUAACAUGUGCUUGGUUACUGUGCAGGAUACUGUUCUUUAGGAUUAAUAAAUAUUUUAAUAUACUUAAUGUGCACAUGUCUACAUGUGCCUGGCAUCUACAUAAAUGCUACAUCUAUGCACCAGAUAAAAAUAGCAGAUGUAUGACAGAGAGGCAGCGAAAGACUCCAAGUCACUUAAGUCAAUAUUAAUCAAAUUUCUCCAAUUGUUUGGUUGAUUUAUUUUAUACUUUUCUCCUCCGACCCCAACUCACACGAGGAAAAAAUAAUUCCAUGAAAUGUACAUGAUGAUGCAAUAUAAUCUACAGACUAACCAGAAAAUAUUGUUUGGUGGUAUUGAAUUAAUAAAGAUAAAUGUGUCAAAUGUGAAAUAUGUCUUGGAAAAGAAAAACAAACAGCCACCUCAGACGAGACUGGGUAUCAUUAUUUAACAUUUUCUUAAAUCAGGCCAAAUGUUGUUUUGUUGUCCCUACUUCUGGAUUCCCUU